GAUUAAAAUAUAUAACAAAUAGGAAAAUUUUGACUAUAAAUAGAUCAUCACACUUAGUAGAUUUGUAUCAUCAAAGUUAAAAGUUUAUUGAAAACAAAAAAAAAGUAAAGCAGAAAGAAAAGAAAUGGCAAAGAACUUCAACUCUGGGAGCUUCACUAUUCUCGUGGUUGUCCUCAUGAUGGCUUCUACCGGAAUCCUCAAGACCAAGGCUCUGCCUGGGGUGGAGUGCCCAGUUGGAAGUGGAUGCCUUGACCCUAGUAAGUGUGUGUUCUUAGACGAGUGUGGGCCGGUGCCGUUCCUAGGUACAGAUUCGGAUUGUUGUACAUGUUGCAAAGCCAAAUACCCAACUCCUCCACUAUGUUGGGCGGUAGUUGAAGGAACCAAUCCUCCACACUGCCAUUGCUACCAAAAGGCGCUUUGAAAUUACAUCCUAUAAUCACCAAGUGUAACUUUUGUAUCCUAUCCAUUCAGUGUGAGAACAUGACGUAUGUAUAUUUAUGUUCAAGUUUCUUUUGCUUCCAAAUAAAACAUCAACGGCAAAGCUUGUCAUGUCUUGCCCCUCAAGUGUAAGCUACAUCAUGUUGUGUGCACUUUUGUUUCAUUUUGAAUACAUAUAUAACGUACUUGUUUUGUGUUUAA